AUGAACCAGCUGAACCGCUUCACCUGCGAGUGUGGGGAGGGGUACAGGGGCGAGAGGUGUGAGGUCAAGGUUGACCUGUGUGCCUCUAACCCCUGUAAGAAUGCCACCGCCUGCAUAGACCAGGGGAACACUGUGCACUGUGUAUGUGCUCCUGGAUUCACAGGCUCCCAGUGUGAAGUUCAGGUGAACCCCUGUCAGACCCAGCCCUGUGUAAAUGGUGGGACAUGCCAGCCUCAUGGUUCUGAGUACAUCUGUGUGUGUAUGCAGGGUUACAUAGGCAAGGACUGCACAGAGAAGGCACUAGAGGCUGAAGGUGACACAGGCUUCUACCACUCGCCAGUCUUCCAUGAGCACAUGCGCAUCCUGUACACCGUCACCGGUAUCCUAGCAACCGCCUUCGUUGCCGUCAUCGCCGUGGUGAUGUACGGCGUGUGCCGCGCCCAUCACUGGUUCAGAGGUUACGACGAGUUUGACUCGCUGCCAGAUGACGGUCAAAGGUCAAGGAAGGUGUCAAUUGAGGACAACGGCAGUAGGUCAGGCACUCCAGUACGAAGGUCUCGUCGUGUCCAGGACUAUGUUGACACCAGCAGCAUCCACCAGCCCCGCCCGUCCGUCCAGGCCAUCUAUGAGGCGACCAGUGUCGACUUUACCGACACCAGCGGGGACCAACCACUACUCAACUCACUCAAACCCAAGAGAGUCUAAGAUGUUGGAUCAUGUGAAGUGUGCGGACCCAAAAUCUUGUAUUGGUACCCAGAUAGCCAGCAAUUACUUUCUUAGACUUAGAUCCUUCUGUGUCUGGUGACUGAAAAGCUUCUAUGAACUGUCUUGAUAUUCAUCACUCUCUGAUGAUGUAAAUAAAACGUCUGUAUCUAGAUAGAUAUAAAACUUAUAUAAGAGUUAGAAAUAAAGCUUGUAAUAAAGAAGAGAAUGCAUAUGUAAUGUGAUGCAUGCAUGGAUGUAAGUGUAAAGUGAGAAAAUCAUUGUCCCUGUCAAAUUCCAACACAGUUUUAGAAUAAUUUGCUUCCUUAACCUUAUGCUUUAAGCAUUUUGGCUACUUCUAACUUUCUAGUUCAAAUUCCAUGUGUAGAAAAUUAAGCAUGUUGUUCAUCCUCAUCAUUGAUAAUUGCUAAUAGCAUAGGUACAGAAGUUCUCCAUGACUCCCUUGUACAGAUGAUGAAAAGCUUCCUGUACUUUAUACUAGUCACUGCACUAUAUUCUACUGCAGAAUGUAAAAAUACAGCUGGAUGUACUGUACAGAAAACAGGCUGAAAAUGAUGUAAAUAAUCUACCAGUAAGAGGGAAAGUCUUGCCAAUAACGUUACUCCAAAACUAGUGCCAAUUAGCAUGCACACAUUGUCAGGAAAUAUGUGUAGCUAUUCAAAUAUUAGUGUGUAGCUAUGAAAUGUGUAACUAUUCAAAAUCAUUCCAGUUGUUUUAGAUGUCAAUGAGAAAGAUGGCAACUUAUGACCUUUGUAUGAAGUCUUGCUUAUUGCUAAAUGAUGAUUGUCUUCCAGUCUUCCUGUGCCUAUUGUAAAACAAAUAUUUUAUGUUGCUUGUACCUUUAGCAUUGGUUAGGUCAUAAUGGUAAGGGUGUUUUGCCCCAAACCCAGAGGUACCUGCCGCCCAUGGUUAGCCUUUUGGGAAGGCAAUUUGCAUGGCUUUCUUCACUCCACUCAUGUGCAGAAGUUGCUACCUAGCUUCAGUUGGGGAAGUAAAACGUGGUGGAGGGAAAGGGUUUGGAUUUGCCUUCCAGUACUGUAACAAAGACACCGUGGACAACAUUAUCCCACAGCCCCUAUGCCCUUUGAAAAAGCUACAUAAUGGGACAUUUUACCCCAAAGUUUAUUAUGAUUGGUGUGAAUGGCAAGAUGUUCAAUGUAUGUGUCGGUCCGUCGAGGACAUCAACAGAUGCCAACACGGGAAGCAUGCUGGACCCUCCUUCUCCAUUGGAAGCAAAUGUAUGUGUAAUAUGCUAAAAAGUUGAAUUGAAGAAGAAUCUAAAUGUAUAUGUAGAGCGAUAUGGUUUGCAAAUGAACAAUCAUGUACAUGUAUGCACUUUCUGAGACCGCAGAGUUUUAAUUAAAGAGCACGAUAGUUUCGA